CCCCACAAAGUAUUCCCCCAUCUCUCUCUCUCCAUUGAUCGUCCAUCUCCCCUGACCCUAUCCAACGAAGCAGACUCCUGCUUCCGAUCUUCCCUUGAUCGACGGGUUGAUGGAACGAGAGAGGGGAGUGAAGGCGGUUUCUUGACUUCUAGAAAGGGGACGAUCCCUGUUCUUUCGAUCAUCUUGGAUUGAAGGAUCUCAAUUAGGACAUAUUUGGCUGCCAUUUAGAAGAAAGUACGCUUGCUUUGAUGCAAGGCCAAAGGAGUUUUGUUGAACCCUUCCAUGAUUCCUUUGAAUUUGACCACGGAUCCAAUACAACCAGCUCUGGCGUGAAUCAACAAUUCAUGUGGAAUAACAUGCUUUUUAAUCCAGUAGAGAUCCAGAGCAUGACAGAUCGUAUAGUAUCCUCUGCUAAUUCAAAUAGGCCAUGCUUAAAUAUGGCUAAUCAAGAUGGUGCUCGAUUGAGCAUUUGGAACACAGGUGGAUCUAGUUCGAGUGAACAUGCUCAAAACCAGGGGGGCCAUGAGGAGAAUAAAUUGGAUACUGGGUGGACACCAUCUGCAACAAUUACUUCCCAAGGUGGGCCUAGAAUAGAAGAAAAUCGUUUUGAAGCUUCCCAUGUGCUUUCUUUGGAGAACGUUAACAUUAGUCAUGGUACAACACAGAUUGAUGGUAUCCAAUCCCUUCCCCGAAAUAAUUCCCACUCCAACAACAUACAUCAGAACUCAGAACAUGCUGCUCUUCAAGAUGGUAUAGGCAAUGAAAUCUCAGAGCCAAGGCAAUCUCAUCAUCCUUAUAUGUUGCGCUUUUUAGAUCCUGAAACUGUUCCAUCUUCAAUUGGUUCAUCCAAUCCUAGUGGCAGUGUUUCUGAGAGUGUUGGAUUUUUGAGAGAAGAUGAUGAAAGACCAGAAAAUUCAUUGGAUGGACGACGCUCAUCCUGCAAGAGAAAGAAUAGCGAUGGGUUCCCUGGACAGUCUUCAGCAAGCGGAAAUGCAAGCUCUUCCCACCAAAGCGAAACCAGCUUGCUUCAUUCUCGUAGUUAUAAUCCUAUGACUGGUUUGAAUAUUUCUAGCACAUCAAGUUAUCCAUCUGCUGCACAUUUCACUGAAGAGUACCCAGCAGGUUUUGCUAAUGUUAUAAGAGGCACGGCCUCUAACUGCUAUCCCUCUGCAAAUGCAGCAGGGAAUGCUGAAAGUUCACGAAGAAAUCACCGAAUAAGAACUAACCCUGCACAGGCACAAGACAUCUCUCUGCGGAAUUCAGUUGAUACAGUUGGGCAAUUGGAAGCAUGGUUGCAAAAUCGGCCACCUUCUCAUUCCAUUUCACUGAAUCACUCCCUGGGGCCUACACCACUCCUUACAACUGCAAGUUCACAAAACCAACCUGGUCCACCAAUUGUUCCCGGAGUACCCCCAAUUGCAUACAGUUUUCCAUGGAAUGGAACUUCCAAUUCAAGAAUUGGCAUUUCAUCAGUCUCUUUUAGUACAGAGGACAGAAUGAUUGCUGCUAGAGAGGGAAAUAACUUGAGGAAUAUGCCAGGAACCAGCAUUUUGGAUGUUGUUCCUGUAACAGAUAUAAGGGACAUGAUACAAGAUCAAGCAAACUGGAGUAUGGGUAGCAGAAAUAUAAGCAUGGUUCCUAGUUCACAAGCUGUUACAAACUCAGGGCUCCAUCCUACAUUAGGAUCCACUUGGGUUUCUCAUCAAAAUCCUCCCGCCCAAUAUCCACAACCCUUACCAGAGAAUAUUCAUGCAUCAUUGCUAUCAUCUGGCAGCUUUGAGUCUGGAGGUCAGCGUGCUAACUUUCCUAUGCAACAUUCUGGUCACUCUUUUAGUUCACAGGAGGUAGCUCAGCAGAUUAGAGCUAGUUUGCAUGGCCCGCAGACACCACCACACAUCAGGUCAACUCAUCUGAUAAGAAGGCGGUAUGAUGGUCUUUUGGGUGCAUCCUUAACCAUGAGGAGUUUAACAGCUGCAGGGGAAGAGAGAAGUAGGAUGUUAUCUGAGAUUCGUCAUGCAUUGGAAUCCCUGCGCCGUGGCGAUGGUCUUCGGUUUGAGACUCUCAUUUUGGCGGGCAGCGAUAUGCAUGACAGGCACAGGGACAUGCGUCUUGAUGUUGAUAACAUGUCAUAUGAGGAACUCCUGGCAUUGGAAGAACGGAUAGGAGAUGUUUGCACCGGAUUGAGUGAAGAAACAAUUUUGAAGCACCUUAAACAGCAGAAGCAUUCAUUGGGUACACUUGGAGUAUCUAUGGAACAUGAACCAUGCUGUAUCUGUCAGGAGGAAUAUGUGGAAGGUGAGGACCUCGGCACCUUGGCUUGUGGGCAUGAUUUCCACACUGUUUGUAUCAAGCAAUGGCUAAUGCACAAGAAUCUGUGUCCCAUAUGCAAGAAUACAGCCCUAGUUACAUGAAGAGGGGUGUGGCACAUUUCACACACAGCAAAUUUGACCAUGCAGAUGGUGUAGGAUAAUUGUAUGUAUUGAAAUCCAUGGUUUAUGUCUUAAUUUUUCGAGCUGUCGACUAUCAAAUUUUGCUGUUGGCUCAAAUGGGAGUCUGUUGACUGAACUGCCCUCCUUUUGGUUGAAUAAACAACAGUCAACUGUUAAAAAGCUA